GUGUUGCAUAGUGCAGAGUGGGCGUCUUGUCGUCUCUUCUCCCCCCUCCCCUCGGCACAUACAUGACUUCACGGCCACACACGAGUGAAGAUACCUCAGUUUUCCAGUUGCCGGGCGCCUUCUGCUACCGCCUGAACAUGACAGAAAGUUCCAGCAAUAAGCUGCUGAAUGGAGACGCCUGCCAACGGAGCUCAAAGGACAAGAAAUCGGGUAAAAAUGGCUUCGUGAAGAACCACUGCCUGUUUCAGCAGCCGCAAAAGUACCGCCGCCCGAGGGAAAAGAACCACAAUGUGGUGCGGAACCCCAGUCUGUACAACAAGCCCUUCGUUGAAUCCUAUGAGGAGACCCCCCUGCUGGUGGCCGUGCUCACCUACAUGGGCUAUGGCAUCCUCACCAUCUUCGGAUACCUGCGCGACUUCAUGCGCCACUGGAACAUCGAGAAGUGCAGCGUGGCGCGCGAGAGAGACGAGCAGAAGGACUUCGUUCCCCUGUACCAGGACUUUGAGAACUUCUACACGAGGAACCUGUACACGCGGAUCCGGGACAACUGGAACCGGCCCCUCUGCGGCGUCCCCGGGUCCAAGAUGGACAUUGUGGAGCAGGUCUCCCACGACUACAACAGGACCUUCCAGAACACGGGUAAGAUCAUGAGGGACGUGAUCAACAUGGGCUCCUACAACUACCUGGGCUUUGCUGAGAACGUGGGCCAGUGUGCUGACGCAGCCAUCCAAGUGACUGAAAAGUACGGAUCCGGGGUCUGCGGCACCCGCUGUGAGAUGGGGAACCUGGAUAUCCAUCAGGAGAUGGAGGAACUGGUGGCCCGGUUCCUGGGCGUGGAGUCUGCGCUGACCUUUGGCAUGGGCUUCGCCACCAAUUCCAUGAACAUUCCUGCACUUGCUGGAAAGGGCUGUCUGAUCCUCAGCGACGAGCUGAACCAUGCUUCCCUGGUGCUUGGCGCUCGUCUCUCGGGAUCCACCAUCCGGGUCUUCAAGCACAACAACAUGGUGAGCCUUGAGAAGCUCCUGAGGGAUGCCAUCGUUCACGGCCAGCCCAGGACACACCGACCCUGGAAGAAGCUCCUCAUCGUGGUUGAGGGCAUUUACAGCAUGGAAGGCUCCAUUGUGCGACUGCCGGAGGUGAUCGCGCUGAAGAAGCGCUACAAGGCCUUCCUCUACCUGGACGAGGCCCACAGCAUCGGGGCCCUGGGCCCCAACGGCAAGGGGGUGGUGGACUACUUUGGCCUGGACCCCAAGGACGUGGACAUCAUGAUGGGCACGUUCACCAAGAGCUUCGGGGCCGCGGGCGGCUACAUCGGCGGCAAGAGGGAGCUGAUCCAGUACCUGCGCAGCCACUCCCACAGCGCUGUCUACGCCACCUCCAUGCCCCCGCCGGUCGCCCAGCAGAUCAUCACCUCAAUGACCACCAUCAUGGGGGAGGACGGCACCUCGCUGGGCGCUGACCGGUUGAGGCAGCUGUCGGAGAACACCACUUACUUCCGCAGAAAACUGCGAGAGAUGGGCUUCAUCAUCUACGGCAACGACGACUCCCCGGUGGUUCCCAUGAUGUUGUACAUGCCCGCAAAGAUAGGGGCGUUCGGCCGGGAGAUGCUGAAGAGGAACAUCGGCACGGUGGUGGUGGGCUUCCCCGCCACGCCCAUCAUCGAGUCACGGGCGCGCUUCUGUGUGUCGGCCGCCCACACCCGAGAGACGCUGGACGUGGCUCUGAAAGCCAUUGGCGAGGUGGGCGACCUCCUCCAGCUCAAGUACUCCCGGCACCAGCCCACCGUGACCCCCGGCCUGGGCUGGAUGUCGGAGGAGAGCUACCUGCAGGACUGAGCCCCCCCUCCAGUCUCUACUCCGCCCCUCUCUCUCAGUUCCAUUCCCAAGCGACUCUUUUUCCCCUUUAAAAACACACUGGCAACCUCGACCCCCCCCCCCCCCCCUGGUCCUGCUUACUCAAACCUGGCGGGGGAUGGGGGAUGUCACCAGUGCUGCAGUGGUGCACUCUGGGAGAUCUGUUUUCACCAGAUAUGGGGGGAGGGGGGGUUCACUUCCAGUCCUUCGCAACUCUAAUGCAUUGUUACACAAUGCGUUUUCACUCGCUAAAGUCUUAACUUAUUGUGACUGCAUUCACCUCACCCUUACCUAAAUUGAAACACAUAUAUAUGUAUAAAUAUAUAUAUAUUUAAAUAUCUUUAGAUUUUUGUUCACACAGAAUUAUUAACUUGUGCAAUAGCAGCAAUCCAACCACACGGGUUACUUGUUUCCCCUUCUUCCUGUGACUCCAACAGCGUUUGAGGAGGCAAAAGAGAGUAAACCGCUACCUGUCUUGCGUAACAACUGGUUGACUAAAGAAAAUACAUAUACUAACCGGAAAUAGGAUUUUAAAAGAGGUUGCGAUGCAAACGCAAGUAAAGGAAAGAGAAAAGAAUAUAUUUGUAAAUAUUAUUUAUCCUGGUCUGUGAAGAUGGGACUACAGCAUGGUGGAGCCCAUCAGAUGCUUCUAUGCAGGAAGCAGAAAGUGCAAACAUGUCCUCAGUCUCUUAUUUAUGUUGGUAUUUUUGCUUUUUCCUCUUUAAACACUUUUACUUGAAUACGCAAAAAAAAAUCCCCUAACCAAAGGAUAUAAUUGUAUAGAUAGAUUUUGUAUUUUUCUUUUUAAAAAUGUCAAAUCAAACCAUUCUGAAAGGGGGCAAAAAGUUUUAAAGGAAGAGGCUGCCGGAAGAGCAUUCUCUUUUCAUUUUUAAACUCGGUUGUCGUUUCAUGACGCGCCACAAUAUUCACUGUGGACACCUGCACUCGAAAACUUGAGCUUUCUUCAACCUUUCUAUAUGCGAAUGAUGCCACACAGACACACACAGACACACACACAUACACACACACAGAAAGACACGCACACACACACACACACACACACACACACACACACACACACACACACACACACACACACACACACACACACACACACACACACACACACACACACACACACACAGAGAGAAACACGCCUUUUGCAGACGCAUCAUUCUCCUCACUCAAGUGCUUUUCAGGGGGAAACACGCUUACCAAGCCACACCCCCCCCCACUCCCCCUUGCGAUAACCACGCACUGCUGAACCACCAUCUGUAUGUAUGACGACGAGGCGUCCCUGCUUCUCCGAAGUGCAGACGUGCUAUUUAUUUAUUUUGGCCCUGUGUUGUAUUUUUGAUUUGGUUCAUUUCUUUCCCAGCUGCCCCUGGUUUAUCAAAGUGUAAUCUUAUCUGUUUGGUUGUUAUCAGAACGGCAGCUUGAAAUGUGUCACCCUGUGUUGAUGCCCUAUGUCUUUGUCUUUUGUACCCGACUACUCACAACGUUUGACUUCAGUGCGAGAACUACUGACAAGCAUGGCAGAUGCACAUAUGAUGUAGGCGCUGAAGGUGGCUUUCGGCGUUGUUGGACGUGCUUUUGGAAAAUGUUAUGUUUAUUUUGCACCCUUCACCGUUUAUCGUCUGUUUUAUUGUCUGUUUAUCGUCUGAUCUGAUUGGAUGACAUUCCAGAUCCACCUGGUUCGAGGGUUUUGAAUGUCGUUGUUAUUCAUCGAUCUACUACUUCCGAUUGUCUGUCUGCGCUAGCUAGCGUCGUAGGUUUGCCGCUACGAUGUGGUGCAUGGUGGGAUGGCAGAACACUUAAAGCUUUCCAUGUUCCCUCAUGUUGUUCGCAGCUUCACGUUGUUGUUGUUUCUGUUAUUGUCGUUGCAAGUUGAAGUUCACCUCAUUGUUGUCAGUAAGUGAAGCGGCUGUUGGGGUCUAUCUGGUCAUUCCUUUAUACAUGUUGAUUAAUCUUAACACAAAGUAUCAAGCUACCUUUUUUUUAUGAUUCUGGCAUUUUAGCGCCAUGGGACUAUUUGGUCACUUUUUAAACUGUAAAUUCGAUUUUCCAUUGUGUUGCCUUUCUGCAUUCAUUCCAAAAUGAUGGUUUGACAUUUGUUUGUUUGUCUUUGUCCCAAACGGCUUGAAUAACAGUUGAGCAGUGAUUUAAUAAUAAAAAAAUAUAUAGAACAAACACAACGUAUCCUAGAAUAUUCUCUUCUCUGUCCUUGGAUUUGCUCUGAAAUCACAACUUGAUUCAGUUUCCUUUCCGAAUACCAGCUCUUCCUGGUUGUCUUCCUGUGAAGGCACAAUGUGAUUGCAACAUAUCGCAACAUGAACAUUUUGUCCGGUGGUAGGCUAGUGUCUUCUGGCUUAGAACAGGUCACAAAGACUGACCAAUAGGAGGCUGCCGGUGUGGAACUCUUUGAUGUUCUUUGCUGUUGCUCAACCCACCAACAAAUAAACCCGUGGACUGACCUUCAUUACCCAUUGGAAGCUCUAUCAGUAACUCUUGCCCUUGAGAAGUUUGUUGUGUUGGGAUUUUAAGAUAAAGCACGAAAAGGCUGUUUUGAAGCAAUGAUGUUUGUUGAACAUGCUUUUGGAAACGGUGCUGCAAAGAUUAAAUCAGUUUAUUUGUA